ACAUGAAACUGCAUUUCGCAUGUCAGGCCUGCACCUUGCGGCGCCAGCUCGAAAGGCCUUCGCGGCGACGUCUCCCACCGUGCGAUUUAGACUCUGACUUUAUUGAGUUGCUCUUAUGUUUCAACGUUAGUUGUACGCGAAGUACCUGGAAACCACCAUCACCGCCCUACAUGUCAAAUCGGAGCAAAUCUUCCGCAUGUUGCAAGACCGAGACCGACAAGUACAGGAAGCAGACGAAAAGCUAGCGUACUACGAAGACAUGGCGACCACAUUCCGCGCCAAAGUCCAAGUGCUGGAGGACGAGGCUACAUACCACAAAAACAAGUGGACGCAGCUCGAGUCGAUGAGGCGACAGGACAUGAUUGGUCGUGCAAGUCAAGCGGUGCAAGUUCUAGAGCUUGAGAAAAAGGUGGUCGAUAGCCACGAGCUAGCCAAGCAACUGCAGCAGCAAUUGCUGGCGUCCCAUGUGGAAAAGAUGCAACUCGACGCGACACUCACACGUCAAGCGCAACGAAUUCAACUCCUGGAGGAUAAGACCAACGACCAGGACAAGGCUGUUCAAGCGGCGCUAUGCCAACACCAAGAAUCACUUGUGGCAGAGAAGACAAGGACCCAACAAGUUGAGGCGGAAGUGGUGCAAUUACAGAGGCUACGUCAGGUCGACCAAGAACAGAUACAACACUUGACGAAAGACAUGGAGAAAGUCCAGGCCGACAAAGCAACCGCCGAAGCCCAGCUGCGCAGUGCUCACAGUGCAUUGCACGACAAAGACCAAUCGAUCUCUGCGCUGGUGGAAAAGGUCUCUGCACUGGGGCAGCACCUCAAGGACGUUCAAGAAAGCCACGCGCGAAUGGUCGACGCAAGUGUCCAUCAAGCCAACUCUACCGCCGAUUCCAUGCACCAAAUCCAGAACCUCCAAGUCCAAAUCGUCCAGCUCAGCCGGGCUCGGAACCAAUGCAUCGAGUGGAAAGCUCGCCAUAGCGACCGAUGGGACGCCGAUCGAACGACGUGGUUGGCUCAAGUGACUUGGUUGCAGUUGAAAGUGCACUGUCAAACGAGCCAGAUUGCUCGUCUUCGACUCCAGCAGACACAGAAAAAGGCCACACUCACACGCGUGGUGGCUCAAGUGGGCGAUAUGAAGCUAGCGAUGGCGUCGUUGCAACAGUUUGCACUGGCUUAUGCCACAUGUCAACCAUGGGCUCCCACCAUCGCCGCAAUCACCAUGGCCACCGACAAGGUCGUUGAACAACGCAAUCGGGCUCAACUCGAGCGAAAUACUGCUGUGGAUCGUGUAAGCCACCUCAGUGCGGUAUUGGAGGCAUCGGAAGCAUCCCACUGCUCCAUGGGGACCAAAUUGGCGCACCGACAGGCGCUAUCGUCGACGCUAGCCCGCCAAUUAGUGCACGCGUCGACCCAACAGCUGGCCCUGAUUUGCUUUUAUAAUUGGAAAGACGUGCAUUUGCGACGACUGGUGGGGCGGUGGAGCAAUGCUGCGCUGCUGGUGGCGAGCCCAGACAACCCACACCAGGAGAGGGCUAUGCCCCACAGCGCGUGGCACUUGAUGCAGAGUGAGCCGCAUGUGGAUUUCGACAAAAUUCACAUUCCAUUCAAACCACUGCGGCGCCCAGGGGUACAGCAAGCAUAAGGACCUAGUAAAUUCCCGCCAAUUCUUGCCUUUAAACCACUAGUGCAUCCUGUCGAUAUAUAGGGUUGUCAGACAGUUGCAGACCGCGUAAUUGACUUGUUUGACA